AUGUUGCAAUCAUCAUCAAAGGGAACAUCGUCGUCAAAUAACAAUAAUUUGAACAAGAAGGAAUUGGAAAGACAAUUCACUGAAGUUGCUCUCAGACACCGAAAAGCUAUUCAAGACUAUGAAAAAACUCUCGAAGAAUACAAGGAAUUAUAUAAAACUCUCACCUUCAUUCCACAAAGUUUAAAACAAAGUUGUAUGAUACCGAUCGGAACACAUCAAUUGGCUUUCAUGCCUGGACAAUUGGUACAAACUAAUGAAAUUACAGUUUCGCUGGGAGAAAAUUACUUUAUUAAAACUUCUGCUUAUCAAGCUAGAGAAAUACUCAAGAGAAGAAUUAAAAAGGUGAUGGAAAAAUUGGAACAAGAGAGAAAAUUAUUACACACAGUUUAUGAAGGAAUUGGUCUGAGUAAACACUCGAAUAUUCUCAAGGAAGAACAAAAGAAAUCAAAGCGAGAGGAGGAAGAAUAUCAAGACAUGUCCGAAGCUACCAAGCUUGAACAAAUGUUUAGAGAAAUGGAGAUGAAUAGUAAUGGAUCAUUACCUGAUUUUUCAGAAAUGGAGGAUAUUGAAUUGCCAUAUAAUUCAAAGGGAAUGGAUCGGGAUGAAUUGUACUAUCGUCACAAAACAACAAGGAAGGAUGAAGAGGAUAUCUUGGAAAUUUUGGAAGAAUUAGAAAGAGAGGAAGCAACAGAUAUGAAGAAGGGUGGUGUGAAUAUUAACUUGAAUAAGCAUAUCGAAGAGGAGGAAGAUGAAGAAGAUGAAGGUGAAGAAUUUGGUGAAGAAGAAAAGAGACUCCAACAAGACAUUCUCAAAUAUUUCCAUAGAGCUACUGGUGGUGCAAGUACUGAGCCAAAACAACAACCAAAGAAGUCUCAACAACCACCAAAACAAUCUUCCUCCACCAUGAAAGAUACCACUUCAUUUAACAUUGUCGAAAGAGAUGCUUUACCAAGUCAAUCAUCGAUAUUUAAGGCCUCUCCAGGUAAUACCACACAUGAACAACCAAAGAAGGUGUCAAAAUUCAAACAAAGAAUGAUGGAAAAUAAAUAA